AUGCUCAUUAAUACGGUACCCUACCGUUUAAAAAUUAAUCCUAGAGCAACAUUUAACGAUAUAAUGAUAAAAAUGCAAGAGACCUGUUUGCCUGUUUUGAAUUAUUCAUAUCUACCAUUACAAGGAAUUAUUAAAAUGCACUGUGAUAGUACAAAAAUGGUUCCGAAACAACAACAACAACAACAAUUACCAUUUUUUCAAACAACGUUUACCUAUGAAAAUUAUGGCACCGAUAAUUCAGUAAAUGACAACUAA